AUGACUUAUGUCAGGCAUGUUUAUGUCAAGUUUAUAAAAUAAUUUAACGUAGAUCUAAAGUUAAUGGCCAAGAAACGAUACCUACGUUUUGUCUUUGAUUCUAGAGAAGGAAUUUUACAAUCUCUUGGAAUAUUACACAAUCGCCGUAAAGUUUUAUAAACUUGUGGGUCAUUUUUUAUUACUUUAUAAAUGAUGUUCAAUUCGUAAAAGGGCAAUAACCACUUACCCAUUUUUCCCAGUUUUUUAAAUUUUUAUUUGUAUAAAGUAAUAAUUUUGAAUUUUAUCCAAUGGCGAAUAUAAAUGAUGAAAAAAAUGAUAAACGUUUCAUUUUUAAAACUGCCAGUUUCCAGCACGCAUCUACAAAAUCUUCUAAUAAUAAAAAGAAAGCUUGGCGUUCAUUAAAACAAAUUAUUACAAUGGAAAGAGCAUUAAAUUGGCCAGAAAAUUUUGUACAUUAUAGUUCCAUAAAUGCUCCGCCUUCAUUUCGUCCAGCAAAAAAGUACUCAGAUAUUUCAGGAUUAAUUGCACCGUACACUGAUCCUCAAAGUCGUCUUCAAUACGCAACAAUUGAAGAAUAUUCAACCAUAAUUAGUCUUCCAAUGGAUAUAACAGCCGGUUAUUUAGCUAUAAGAGGUGCAAGUAGUAUUGUAGGAUAAAAACACAUUUUUUAGUAAUAAAAUUUUUUUUAUUUAAUUUUAA